UUACAAGGGGUUACACGGGGUUACAAGGGGUUACAGGGGGCUACAGGGAAUUACAAGGGAUUACAAUGGUUAAAAAGGUUUACAAGGGAUUACAAUUGGUUACAGGGAAUUACAGGAGGUUACAAAGGAUCACAAGGGUUACAGGGGGUUACAAGGGGUUACAGGGGGCUACAACAGGUUACAAAGGGUUACAGGGGGUUACAGGGGGCUGAAAGGGGUAACGAGGGUUACAGGGGGUUACAAGAGGUUACAAGGGGUUACCGGAGGUUACAAGGGGCUACAAGAGGUAACAGGGGAUUACCAGGGGUUAUAAGGGGUUACAGGGGUUUACAAGGGGUUACAAGGGGUUACAGGGAAUUACAGGGGGUUACAAGGGGUUACAGGGGGUUACAGGGGGUUACAAGGGUUUCCAGGGGGUUACAGGGGGUUACAAGGGGUUACAGGGGGUUACAGGGGGUUACAAGGGGUUACAAGGGGGUACAGGGGGUUACAAGGGGUAACAGGGUGUUACAGCGGGUUACAAGGGGUUACAAUGGGUUACAGGGGGUUACAAGAGGUUACAAGGGGUUACAGGGGGUUACAGAGAAUUACAGGGAGUUAAAAGGGAUUACAGGGGUUAACAAGGGGUUAAAGGGGGUUAAAAGGGGUUACAAAGGGUUACAAAGGGUUACAAAGGGUUAAAGGGGGUUACAGGAGGUUACAAGCGGUAACAGGGGGUUACAGGAGGAUACAAGAGGUUACAACGGGUUACAAGGGGUUACAAGAGGUUACAAGGGGUUACAGGGGAUUACAAAGGGUUACAAGAGGUUACAAGGGGUUACAAGAGGUUACAGGGGAUUACCGGGGGAAACAAGGGGUUACAGGGGGUUACAAACUGUCACAAAGGUUACAGGGGAUUACAACGGGUUACAAGGGGUUAAAAGGCGUUACAGGGAGUUACAAGGGGUUACAGGGGAUACAGGGGGUUACCAGGGGGUACAGGGGGUUACAAGCGGUAACAGGGGGUUAGAGAGGGUUACAAGGGGUUACAAUGGGUUACGGGGGUUACAGGGGGUUACAAGAGGUUACAAGGGGUUACAAGAGGUAACAGGGGAUUACCAGGGGUUACAAGGGGUAACAAGGGGUUACAAAGGGGUUACUGGGAAUUACAGGGGGUUACAAGGGGUUACAGGGGGUUGCAACAGUUACAAGAGGUUACAGGGAAUUACAUGAGGUUACAAAGGAUCACAAGGGUUACAGUAUGUUGCAAGGGGUUACAUGGGGUUACAUGGGGUUACAUGGGGUUACAACAGGUUACAAGGGGUUACAGGGAGUUACAGAUGGCUAAAAGGGGUAAAGGGGGUUACAGGGGGUUACAAGAGGUAAAAGGGGAUUAUCAGCGGUUGCAAGGAGUUACCUGGGUUUACAAGGGGUUACAAGGGGUUACAGGGAAUUACAGGAGGUUACAAGGGGUUACAGGGGAUUACAGGGGGUUACAAGGGGUUACACGGGAUUCCCAGGGGGUACAGGGGGUUAUCAGCGGUUGCAAGGGGUUACCUGGGGUUUUCAAGGGGUUACAAGGGGUUACAGGGAAAGGGGUUACAGGGGGUUACAAUGGGUUACAGGGGUUACAAGGGGUUACAGGGGGGUUACAAGGGGUUACAGAGGGCUAAGAGGGGUAAAGGGGGUUACAGGGGGUUAUAAGAGGUUACAAGGGGUUACCGGAGGUUACAAGGGGUUACAAGAGGUAAAAGGGGAUUAUCAGGGGUUGCAAGGAGUUACCGGGGUUUACAAGGGGUUACAGGGGGUUACAAGGGGUUACACGGGAUUCCCAGGGGGUACAUUGGGUUACAAGGGGUAACAGGGGGUUACAAAGGGUUACAAGGGGUUACCAGGGAGUACAGGGGGUUACAAGGGGUAACAGGGGGUUACAGCGGGUUACAAGGGGUUACAAGGGGUUACAAUGGGUUACAGGGGGUUACAAGGGGUUACAGGGGGUUACAGAGAAUUGCAGGGGGUUAAAAGGGGUUACAUUGGGUAACAAGGGGCUUAAGGGGGUUUCAAGGGGUUACAAAGGGUUACAAAGGGUUAAAGGGGGUUACAGGAGGUUACAAGCGGUUACAAGGGGUUACAGGAGGAUACAAGAGGUUAGAACGGGUUACAAGGGGUGGCAAGAGGUUACAAGGGGUUACAGGAGAUUACAAAGGGUUACAAGAGGUUACAAGGGGUUACAAGAGGUAACAGGGGAUUACCAGGGGAAACAAGGGGUUACAGGGGGUUUUAAACUGUCA